CUUCCGGUCUUUUAGUUGCGUGUCAGCCAGCAAGAUGAGUAAGAUCAACAGAGAUAAUCUGAGAGAAUCCAUCAACAACAUCUUUGAAUUUUCCACCAAGACCAAAAAGAGAAAGUUCACUGAAUCCAUUGAAUUGCAGAUUGGUUUGAAGAAUUAUGAUCCACAGAAGGACAAGCGUUUCUCUGGAACCAUUCAGUUACGUCAUAUACCAAAACCUAAGAUGAAGGUUUGCAUUCUUGGUGAUCAGAUUCAUUGUGAUCAAGCCAAGGCCAAUGAAAUGCCUUGCAUGGAUGCUGAUAUGCUAAAAAAAUUAAACAAGGACAAGAAGCUUGUUAAGAAAUUAGCCAAGAGAUACGAUGCUUUCCUGGCCUCUGAGACUCUGAUUAAACAGAUUCCCAGAUUAUUGGGACCAGGUUUAAACAAGGCUGGUAAAUUCCCUACCCCAAUCUCCCAUAAUCAAUCCCUUGUCAGCAAGGUACAACAAGUAAAGGGAACCAUCAAAUUUCAAAUGAAAAAGGUCUUGUGUUUGUCUGUCUGUAUUGGACACAUCAACAUGAGCCAAGAAGAAGUUUACACCAAUGUCAAUUUGGCCAUUAACUUUUUGGUUUCCCUUUUGAAGAAGAAUUGGCAGAACGUGAGAACUCUACACAUCAAAAGUUCCAUGGGACCUGUCCAGAGAAUUUAUUAAAUCUUUAAUAAAGAUGGCAUGAAUUCAAAU